CCAAAGAAGAGGAGGCGUCACGCUUUUUCCGCAGAUUUUUGUCAACAUGGAGUCACGUUUGAAGGUCUUAAGAGUUUUCAAGGCCCUUCACAAAACGAGAGUGGAUGUGUUCAAAGACGACGUUCGUGCAUUGACAGCUGCAAGACAGAAAAUAAACGAAGAAUUCAGAAAAAACAAAGAGGAAACUUCAGAAGAGAAAAUAAAUCAGAUGAUUAACAUGGCCUCAGAUGUUGAAAUUGUUCUUCGCAAGACUGUAAUACAGGGGGUCCAUGUGGAAGACAGGAAGAUUGUGCUUCGGCCUAGAGAAGACCAGCUCCUGGAGAAUACGCCCUAUCUUGACGACCAGAAGAAGACGUGAAGAUUACAGGAGCUGCAGGAGGUGCCGGAGUGGAGGAGGUGCAGGGGUGCAGGAGGUGCAAGAGUGGAGGAGGUGCAGGGGUGGAGGAGGUGCGGGAGCUCAGGAGGUGCAGGAGUGGAGGAGGUGCAGGAGUGGAGGAGGUGCCUUCCUGAUGGAGUUUCAGCAGAAACGGGAUGAAUGGCCCUCUCUGCACCUGCAUGAGUGAGGUCAUUUCCCACUUUUCACAUUUUUUUUCUACCAAAUUUGUAGAAUUUUGCUUGUUAUUUUUAUUGUUUUAUUAUUCGUACUUUCAUUGUUUAGCUUUAGUUUACAGGGCGAACUUGAAAUGCCACCUCCUAUUGAGUGGAGGGAAUUGAGCUGUUUGCCUGGUUCAUAUGACUCUCAAAAGCUUUUAUACAGUCCAACCUGACGGGAGCCUUAAUUAAUUUAUUGAAUUAUUUGGAUUACCUGAGAACCCUUUUUGUUUUGACGGCUACAUAUUGCAGUGAACACUGUACUUUUUGUGUGAAAUAAUAUGGAGUUUGCUAUUGAGCGCAUAGUGAGAUAUUAAAAUUUUGUGAGAUUUUGAAAUUAAGAAAUUAUCAAAUGUUGAAUUCAAAAUAGCACAUGGAUGUUUCUCUGGCGUUUAAUAAAUUGGUGCAUAAUUAGAGCACAUAAAUCUGUAUCAGAUGCAACAUUUUUUUCUGAACCACAGAAAUUUGGCUGAAAGUACAAAUUAAUCGGCAACACAUGUUCAACUGACUCUUAUUAGCUGUUCCUUAAAGUAAAUAAGCCAAGAAAACAACACGUUCUGACAUAUGUGUGUGAUCAGUGAAUCGACAGGCUCCUAAUUGCUUUGGAAAUGACAAUGAGCCAAACCUGUAUCCAAUCUUCCAGCUAAACAUAACGUCAUGGACUGAGCCAGUCACAGAAUGUUUCUCUUUCUUAAAAUGGCUGUGCAAUCUCCUGUAUUUGAGGCUGCAGUUCAGUCCUCUCAGCUGUUCGGGCCUGGAGCUCUGCACAAAGAGCAAGGAUGUUCCUGACUGACCAGGAAUGCGUGCGGUACUGCUGUAGUUCUCCACAUGGUCUGUGUUGAGGCCAACAGGAGCUGAAGAGAGAGAACCCUCUCUCUCCCCAGAGCACACAGGGGAGGUACUCGCUAUGAGUCAGUCUCUCCACAAGGGGGCACUGCUGCAGUCCUCAACAUGGAAAACUGCAGUUUACAGAGUGGUUGAAUUAGCUGGAAUUUUGCAAAGCAUACUGGGAAAUAUGGUACACAGGGCUGUGUGUCAAAUUGCAGACUGAGUGGACUACUUAGUGCAUGAAUCAAGUGUGGAAGUCAUGUGAUCAUGUGCGUCCCAAAUUCAAGUACAAAAGCUGGCAAGUACACAUGGAAUUCACCGGAAGUUCUCUAGGAAAUUAAAGUCUGUUCCGGGGCACACUUUCCGUUCCCAACAUUAGCGGCGAAUAUCACUUUUUCUCUCAUCCUGACCUUAAUAUACGCACUCCUAAGCAUUGCAUUUAUUAAUAAAAAUAUACCAACAUAUGUUCACCACAAAUUCAUAUGUUCUAAGUAGUUUAACAGAUCUAGGUGUAAAUACAAGGAAAUAAAAUCUGAAAUUCUGAA